AAAAAGUCGAAGCCGUCACUUUUGCGAGUAUCUCACCGGAGUGCUUUUUGUGGGUCUGUAGCUGUGAAAGUCUAUGUUUCUGGUAGAGAGUUGAGCGCAGGUUGAAGAAUGAAGACGACGCACAAUAGAGUAAACUUAAGCACAUUGCAAAAUUUUAAUACAUUCGAGCUGUUACUUGCUGAGAUGAAGAACGAAAGUGAGAAAGAGCAUUAUGAGCAUCAAAGUGCUGAGAGUAAGUUUGUAAUUAUUGGUGUAUCUUCAUUCACUCGAAAUAUCGAAAUCGAAAACAGAAUCAGCAUCUUGCCAUUUACUGAUCUUAAUUCCCGCAGCAAGCAAAACCGAAAUCGAACCGUGAUCGUUGUUUUUCCCUCGAGUUCUUCCCGCACGAGACAUUCUGAUAACUCAUGCUUCCAGUUGAAUACAAUGCUCUUAGUUCUUACCGAUCAUGCUCUUACUUUUGUCCUCAAUCAUAUGAAUUUAUUUGAUACUGCAGCUACUAUGUUCUUUGUUCGACUCGUGUUUUACGUCUGAUCUUUGCCUAUUAAUUGUCAUGUGGUCAAAGAAAAUGCUGGAUGUGAGUGCGAAUGUAAGUGGUUCUCUAUGCGGUUUCUUUUUCGUCGCAUCUCUCUUUCUCUUCAUGAUCUCAAUCUCGACGAUGAUGCAGCCGAAUAAUGAAAAUGAUAGGUGUGACCUUUAUUUCGAGACUCCGUCCGACCUCUCGCAUGAUACUGCUCCUAAGACGUCUCAUUUUUAUAGUUUACCAACUCGAAUGAGAUCAUGGCUCAUUCUUGACCGAAGUCUGUCCUUCAACUUUCUUGGACGGACGCAGCAAGUGCUUGUUUUUUUUCGUCGCAGUCACUCAGAUCUAUCAUCUCGCGACCCCCUCGUGCUCCGAAGCGGCAUCGGUUUGGCACUCAAGACCCACACGCAAGAUCAGUAUCUUUUUAGCACUCGAGAUCCAUGUCCAACAACGCGAGCGUAG